AUGCGUUUGAAGACAGGGAACGAGAAAUAUGUGGAAUUCUGGAAUGAUGUUUGGUUAGGAGGAGUACCCUUGAAAGAUUUGUUUCCUCGACUUUAUGUUUUGUCCAUCAAUAAAUUGGGUAAAGUGAUGGAUUUUAGGGUGAAUAAUGCCUCUGGUUGGGUGUGGGACAUCCAAAUGAGAAGAAAUUUGGCAGAUUGGGAACUUGAACAGUGGUUGUUGUUGGUUUCCAUACUGAACAAUAUCUCUUUAUGUCCUGAAAGUCAGGAGUUGUGGGUGAGGAAUAUUUGGGUAGGGAUUGCUCCUCCUCGGAUUGAAACUUUUGUUUGGCAGCUUGCUCAUCAGAGAGUGCCGGUUAAAGAGGAAUUAUUGAAGAGAGGUGUGGCAGAGAUUGUAGAUCCUUCAUGUCCAUUGUGUGGUCGGGAGGUGGAAUCAGUUCCACAUUUAUUUCUGCAUUGUGAGGUUGUAUGGGGUUUAUGGUCUUCUUUUUUGAAAAGAUGGAAUGUGUUCUUGGUGAUUCCAAAGCUUAUUAUUGAUUUUAUCAUUUUGUGGGAUGAUUUAAUGCCGAAAUCUUUGAUAUGGAAGUUCAUUCCAAGGGCAGUGAUGUGGUUCAAUGAUGUUCCUAUCCCUUUAGACUCCCUAGUAGGUGAUUUAAAACUUGCUGAUUCGAUGAGUAGGCAGCGAAAGGCAUGUACUCAACCAACAUGUUGGAUUCCGCCCCCGGAUGGGUUCCUAAAGUUAAAUGUUGAUGGAGCGAUGGUUUUGGGAUGGGGUAAAGGAGGUAUUGGUGGUCUGAUCCGGGACAGUUGUGGUGUGUUACUUCAGUGGUUCUCUGAAAGUGUUGGGGGUGGUCCUCCUAUCAUGGCUGAGUUAUUGGCAAUUAAGAGGGGACUUUGUCUUAUGGAAGACUUAGGUGCUGUUCCUAAUCAGAGGUUUAUUUUAGAAUCUGAUUCAUGUAAUGCUCUGAAGUGGAUCAAGAAUCCGGGGUUAUGCACUCCUAUGUUUCAAUCCUUGGUUAAGGAGAUAGUCUCGCUAUUGGAAGGAAAGGAUAUUAUCAUCAGACACGUUUUGAGGGCGGCUAAUUGGGAAGCUGACAAAUUAGCUAAAGACGGGAUAGGGUGA